GACAACUGAUUUGACAGACCAAUGUGCACAUGCAAUGAGUUUAGGUUUGUUUAUGAAAUUCGAUUUUUGAGCCAAUAAUCCGAAGAUUUCAUAAUGUUGACCAUAUUUCGGCGUAUCAUUUUAAUUGAGCCGAAUGUUCGUAUUUGUUCCCAGUUGCUAAACACACAAAUCAGUUUAUUCAGUACAAAAUACACACCACAAGCGGUUAAACGAAAAAAGAGUAAAGCAAAGGAAGCAACCAGAGACCAUUUUGUGGAUCUGAAAAAUGUGCGUACAAUUGGUGGACGUGGAGGUGAUGGCUCCAUAUCAUUUUCACAAGUAUGGUGUAACGAAAGAGCAGGUUGUGACGGAGGCGAUGCAGGAAAUGGUGGUCACGUAGUAUUCGAAGCUACAAACAUGGUAAACAAUUUGUCACACGUAAAAACCCUGAUCAAAGCUGAUGACGGAGAAGAUGGUCGUAACAAAGAUCGACAUGGAAAAAGUGGUGGGCAUAAAAUAGUCAAGGUACCAGUUGGAACAAUUGUACGGAAUCCAAAUAGGAAGGUUGUUGGAGAUUUAGACAAAGAUGGCUCAAUGUUUAUAGCGGCAAGAGGCGGUGCCGGUGGCAAAGGAAAUCACUUCUUUGUUUCUAAUAAUGAGAAAGCGCCACAAGUUUGCGAAUAUGGUGCACAUGGUGAAGAUGCGGCAUAUAUACUUGAAAUAAAAAGCAUGGCACAUUUGGGAUUGAUCGGUUUCCCAAAUGCUGGAAAAUCAACACUUUUGCGUGCAAUCACACGUGCCCGGCCAAAAGUAGCGCCAUACGCUUUCACAACACUUCAGCCCCAUUUAGGAAUAGUUCAUUAUGAUGAUUACGAGCAAGUGAGCAUUGCCGAUUUGCCGGGUUUGAUUCCAGGAUCACAUGAGAACAGAGGUCUUGGUAUUCAGUUUCUGAAACAUGCCGAACGUUGCAGUGCACUUUUGUUCAUCAUUGACUUGUCGUGCGAAGAGCCAUGGAAACACUUUGAAAACCUAAAAUUUGAGAUCGGAAUGUUCAGUGAAGAAUUGGUCAAGCGGCCACAGAUUAUCGUUGGCAAUAAAAUCGAUGUGCCUGAGGCGUUGAUCAAUUUGGAAUCCAUGAGAGAAAUAUACCCAGACACACCGAUUAUACCAAUCAGCGCAAAAAUGGGUACCAAUCUAAAUGACCUGCUGACCAAUAUUCGACGUGUCUACGAUAAAUACAACAAUAAUAUUGUUGUUGACUUAGAUGAAGAUUAACAAUUGAUUGUUAUAGAAUAAUAAAGGAUUUUUUUUUCGAAUAAGACAAAAAUGUAUUGUAUAUUCAUGCUUUUUACGUUUUCGUUUUCGUUUGUUUACACAAUUAUUUUUUUACUUUUUAUUUCUAUCGUUUUAUUUUUCAAUAUAUUUUUUUGUGUUAAUUAAUCA